AUGCAGGAGCGCACCGAGAUUGUAGAUUUCCCGCACGUGUAUUAUGUGGGCAGCGGCAAGCCGCGUGGAAACGGACGCAGCACGUUUAGCUACGACGACGAGCGCGGCGACUACAUAGUUAUCCCGCACGACCACCUGAUUUACCGCUACGAGCUGCUGGAUGUGCUGGGCAAAGGGUCGUUCGGGCAGGUGCAGCGGGCGCGCGACCACAAAACAGGCGACAUUGUCGCAAUCAAGAUUAUUCGCAACCGCAAGCGGUUCCACCACCAGGCGCAGGUCGAGGUCAAGCUGCUCGAGUGCCUGCGGCGGUGGGACCCGACGGGUGCUCACAACAUUCUGCAGAUGACCGACAGCUUCAACUUCCGCAACCACCUGUGCAUUGCGCCGCUGCUCCGGCACCUGUCGAUUCAGAUGAUUCAGUCUCUGCAGCUGCUGGCGCGGCACAAGAUCAUCCACGCGGAUCUGAAGCCGGAGAACAUUCUGCUGGCGCACCCGCCGCCGAUGCCCCUGCGCAGGGCAGCACCUGCCGGGGCUGCAGCGCCACCGCCGCAUCCGCUGGCGAAUCCGCAGCUCAGCGUGGACAUGCAGCGCGGAAUCUACAAGAUCAAGGUCAUCGACCUGGGAUCCAGCUGCUUCGAGAUGGAGCGCGUGUACACAUACAUCCAGUCGCGGUUCUACCGAGCGCCCGAGGUCAUUCUGGGCCUGCAGUAUGGCACAGGCAUCGACAUGUGGUCGCUUGGGUGUAUUGUCGCCGAGCUGCUGACUGGGUAUCCGCUGUUUCCUGGCGAGAACGAGCGCGAGCAGCUGGCAUGUAUCAUCGAGGUGCUUGGGCCGCCACCUGCUUACAUGAUCGAGCAGGCGCCGCGGUGCUCCGACUUUGCCGAGCCGCCAUACACAAACUCAAAGGGCAAGCGGCGGCGGCCAGGGUCCCGGCCUCUGGUCCAGGUGCUGGCACGUGCGCGUGACCCGCGGCUGGUGGAUUUUGUGAUGCGGGCGCUGGCAUGGGACCCGGCGGUGCGCAUGAUGCCCGACGAGGCGCUGCGCCCAGGACGUGGCAGCCGUCAGGUUUCUUUCUCCGGUCGCUAA